UUUCAGGAAGCAUAUAGGUUCACUAACUAGAUGGCAACAGGAAGAAUGGAUAUUCCCAGCCCUGGCUACAACCAGUACCUGGUACACAGAUCAGUCUACUCUGAACCCACGUUCCAGGAAGAAACUGAAAGAAAAGAGCCUGUUCGGAAAACUCUCCAAGACAGGGUGAAAAAGAAUUGCAGUUGUACCUCAAAAAAGGCUUACUAUGUAGCCAAGAAGUUUUUCCCUAUUCUGAAUUGGUUACCCAACUACAGAUGGAAAGAAUGGUUUGUAAGUGACCUGAUCUCUGGAAUCAGCACAGGUCUUGUCGGUACCUUGCAAGGCUUGGCAUAUGCAUUGCUUGCUGCAGUCCCUGUUGAAUACGGCCUCUACUCUUCUUUUUUCCCUAUCUUGACUUAUUUUUUCCUGGGAACAUCAAAACACAUUUCUGUUGGACCUUUCCCAGUGGUCAGUUUGAUGGUGGGAUCAAUUGUCCUGUCAAUCGCUCCAGAUGAAAAAUUUACAAUGUUAGCCAACUCCACAGGACUGAACAAAACAUUAAUAGACACAGUAGCAAGAGACACAGCCAGAGUUGUUGUGUCUGGGACACUCAGCUUUCUGAUUGGAAUUAUACAGCUUGCACUUGGUGUAUUUCAAAUUGGCUUCAUUAUCCGAUAUUUGGCAGAUCCAUUAGUUGGAGGGUUUACUACAGCUGCAGCCUUCCAAGUGUUUGUUUCACAAAUCAAACUUGUGCUCAAUGUCCCCACAAAGAACUACAACGGAGUACUCUCUAUCAUAUAUACAAUAAUAGAUAUCUUUACCAACAUUGCAAAAACCAACAUCGCUGAUCUGAUUGCUGGACUUCUAACAUUUGUUGCUUGCGUUGUGGUUAAAGAAAUAAAUGAUCGAUACAAACGCAUCUUUCGGGUACCUAUACCCAUUGAAAUAAUUGUGACCAUAAUAGCGACAGGGAUUUCAUAUGGUGUCAAUCUGGAAAAAAAAUAUAAUGCAGGGAUUGUGAAGACAAUUCCAAGUGGAUUCAUACCACCUAUGACACCAGAUGUGAGCCUAUUCGCACAAUUAGGUAGCUCAGCAUUUUCCAUUGGGAUUGUUGCCUAUGCUGUAGCUGUGUCAGUGGGAAAGGUUUAUGCCACAAAGCACAACUAUGAAGUUGAUGGAAAUCAGGAGUUCAUUGCCUUUGGAAUAAGCAAUCUAUUUAGUGGAGCAUUUUCUUGCUUUUGUGCCACCACUGCCCUAUCCCGUACAGCUGUCCAGGAAAGCACUGGAGGCAAAACACAGAUUGCUGGGAUUAUCUCAGCCGGCAUUGUGUUAAUUGCAAUUGUGGCACUUGGCAGACUGCUUGAACCCCUGCAAAAGUCAGUGCUAGCAGCCAUUGUUAUUGCCAAUCUAAAGGGGAUGUUUUGUCAAGUUUUUGAUGUACCUCGCUUAUGGAAAGAAAACAAAUGGGACUCAGUUAUCUGGGUUUUUACCUGCAUUGCAUCAAUCCUUCUGGGACUUGAUUUAGGACUGCUAGCUGGCUUGUUGUUUGGAUUAGUGACUAUUAUUUUACGUGUGCAGUUUCCUUCAUGUGGUGCUCUUGGCAAUGUUCCUGGCACAGACAUCUACAAAAAUGUCAAAGAAUACAAAAAUCUCAUAGAGCCAGAGGGAGUUAAAAUAAUUCGGUAUACAAGUGGUAUGUUUUAUGGAAAUAUCGACGGGUUUAAAAAUGCCAUCAAAUCAAUUGUUGGUUUUGAUGCUGUGAAAGUUUAUAAUAAGAGAACAAAAGCACUGAGGAAAAUACAAAAGCUUAUUAAAAAAGGGCAACUAAGAUCAACAAAGAAUGGCAUCAUUAGCAGCACAGGAGCUGAUAAUGAAGGUUUUGAGCCUGAUGAUGAUCCUGAGGACCCAGAGCAAGAAAAUAAUGAAGGAGUUGAAACAAAAGAAGUAGAAAUCCGAGUAGACUGGAACUCAGAACUCCCUGUAAAAGUAUAUGUGCCAAAAGUUUCCAUUCACAGCAUCAUUUUUGAUUUUGGGCAAAUCCAUUUCAUUGAUGUGGUUGCUGUGAGAUCUCUAAAAGUGAUAUUUAAAGAAUUUAAGAGAAUCGAUGUAGAGCCAUACAUUGCAGCAUAUGAAGAUGGUGUUUUACAAAAAAUGGAAUCAUGCCUUUUCUUUGAUGAGACAAUCAAACGUGACAUCUUCUUUUUGACCGUCCAUGAUGCUGUGCUGCAUAUAGAAAACCUAAGAAAGUUCUAUGAUGGUCAUGAUCCUCUUCUUGAAAAGAUUUCACUCAUGCAGGAAUCUAGGGAACUAUUGGAAUUCACUGCAGUUGACCCAACAGAGCAAGAACUAGAUGCCCAGGAAGGGGCUCUUCGAUCACUUGCACACUGAAGAAAGGCAUCUGGGAGAUUUAUCAGGGAUGGACAGUAUCUUCCUUUGGGUUCAAUAUUGAGACAUUUGCUGUUUCAUUUAAAUUUGCUAAGACCAUACUAUGCAUGUGAUAAAAAUGUUGUUUAUAUUUAUGAAUUAUAUGAUGGGCGAUUCCUCAAAUACCUUCCAAACAGCAUUAUAAACAUGUAAAACAGAUAAACAACAAAACCAAGUGUCCAAAUCCUACUGGUUUCGAAUGUCUUUCCUUCCUGAUAAGGACUGAACAGCCAUUUAGAGGUUUAGGUUUAAAGUAUAAUGAGCCUGGUUGAUAUGACAUUGACGUCAACAGAUAUCCAGGAUGAUUGAGAGGUAUUCUGAUAUAUGUUCCUACCAAGACAAGAGAGGAGGAAAGGAAUAUGUUCAACAUUCUAAA